AUAGUCUGGCUGGAUGUCUGACUCAGCCACGCAGGUUAUUUGGGGAUACAUUUAAAUCGCGCAUUGCAUCUAAUCCGACUAUAAAAUGCUUAUUCAUUCUUCACAUUCUGGACUACGUGCAUUUUGUAUUAUGGACGCUUUUGCUCGGUGCGACACGAGGUUUUAGAUCUUUUAAGAAGAAGACCAAGAAGAAGAAAAGACUACAGAAACUGGCAUUGCCCAUGUUAAUGUCUUUUCAACCACACCUGCAAAUGGACUAAAAGGGCAAUAAAUGUUUGCUUUUUAUCACUGGACUAGUGCCAAAGCUGCAGAACUUCCCAACGUCCUGAUUCCAGGUCUCCGUGUCCCCAAAUUUGUGCUACGACUGUCAUGCACCCUCGCCCCUGUACUGUAUUAAUCCCUGGCUUUGUGGGACUUUAUGUGUGUUUCUGAUCCCUGCCACAGACUGUUAGGAUCGUUAUCACUUCCAUGGUCUGAUUAGUUGGAAUUGAACUUUUAUUUGUGAACCGAAUCUAGAACUGCGCAAUAACAACAUACGGUAGUGAUGGAAGUUUUAACCCUUUCAAGAAACUCAAGUGAAUGUCAAUGAGCUCUCAGGAUUUAACUCAAGGACUUUCCAACUGAGUUAGCACUCAGGAUUUAAUCCAAGGACUUCAAUCCAGGUUAAACAUUAGCAAGUACAGAUAAAACAUUUGAAGCUCAUGUGAAUAAUAAAUUAUGAGCUCUGACAGUUUCCAGUACCGUGCACUGUUCGAGUACAAUCAGGAGCGGGGUGACGAUAUCUCCCUUCAACCUGGAGAUCUUAUCACAGUCUCCAAAAUGGCUCUGCUCACACCCGAAUACCAGGAGGGUGAUGAAAAGUGUCCAAAGGGCUGGCUUCAUGGCACCAAUGAACGGACUAAAGAGAAGGGCAACUUUCCUGGCACCUUCGUGGAGUAUGUUGGGGUCAUAAGGGCGGCCCUCCCUUCAGGGAAACCUUGGCCAAGACCUGUACCCCCAACACCUGUAGGGCCUCAGAUCCCAGGGGCCCCUGCAUCAGAAGGCUCUUUUGGAAAUGCUGUAGAGCAGUGUGCUCUGUCUGACCAAAUCCCAGCGGUGGUACUCAGGCUGACAGAGGCUCUUGAGAGACAGGGCUGGGAUAAUGAGCCAUUGUACCGGACCACCCAGACCUCGACUGGACCCCCAGAAUUAUAUCAGGCUUUAGAAACAGACCCAUUGGUGGAUCUUGAGCAAUAUGAAUUAGCUGUUUUGGCUGAUACUCUCAGAGGUUACCUUCAGGAUUUGCCUUGCCCGCUCAUCCCAUCUGUAGUGUACAGUGAGCUGGUCUAUGCAGCUCAGGAGAUCCAAAGCAUGGAGGAGUGUGGACAACAACUGAAAGGAAUCCUUGACUCCCCCAGUGUCCCUCAGGCUAACCAUCAGCUCCUGGUUCAUCUGACCCGGCACCUAUGCAAGGUGACACAGACUGGAGGAGCAGCUCAGGCAAGCCCUAGGCUUCUGGCUUUGGCCUACAGCGAGGCCAUCUUCAAAAAUAACCACUUUAGUGCGGAUGUAAACCCAGAACAUCAUGUUAAGAUUCUUGAAGCGCUCAUCACGAUUGGAGGCCUUGUGGAAAUACAGGCAGCACCAGCUCUUCCUCCGAAACCAGCAAAACCCAUGACACCAGUAAAUGGUAACGGCGUGAAAGAAGGCGCCAGCGGCUCAUUACAAGAAGCAGAAUGGUACUGGGGAGACAUAUCAAGGGAAGAAGUGAAUGACAAGCUGAGAGACAUGCCUGAUGGUACUUUUUUGGUACGGGACGCCUCCACUAAGAUGCAGGGGGAUUAUACGCUAACGCUAAGGAAAGGUGGAAAUAAUAAGCUAAUAAAGAUCUACCACCGGGAUGGGAAGUAUGGAUUCUCAGACCCACUCACGUUCAGCUCGGUGGUGGAGCUCAUCAGUCACUAUAGGCACGAGUCUCUGGCCCAGUACAACACCAAACUGGACGUUAAGCUAAUGUACCCCGUCUCCCGCUUUCAGCAGGAUCAGCUGGUAAAGGAGGACAACAUUGAUGCGGUGGGAAGGAAACUCCAGGAAUAUCACAAUCAAUAUCAGGAGAAAAGUAAAGAAUAUGACAGACUCUAUGAGGAGCACACAAAAACCUCACAGGAAAUUCAAAUGAAACGUACCGCGAUAGAGGCCUUCAACGAGACCAUCAAAAUUUUCGAAGAGCAGUGUCACACGCAGGAGCGCUACAGUAAAGAAUACAUCGAACGAUUCCGCAGAGAGGGCAACGACAAAGAGAUCGAGAGGAUCAUGAUGAACUACGAAAAACUCAAAUCGCGUUUGGGCGAGAUUCACGAAAGCAAGACCCGGCUUGAACAGGACCUAAAAACGCAGGCUCUCGACAACAGGGAGACGGAUAAAAAGAUGAACAGUUUAAAACCAGACCUCAUUCAGCUCAGAAAGAUCAGAGAUCAGUAUCUUGUUUGGCUCAACCAUAAAGGUGUUCGACAGAAAAGAAUAAACGAUUGGUUGGGGAUCAAAAACGAGACCACGGAUGACGUGUACUUCACCAGUGAGGAAGAAGAGAAUCUGCCACACUAUGAUGAGAAGAGCUGGUUCGUCGGGGACCUAAACCGCACACAGGCGGAGGACUUGCUUCACGGCAAACCCGACGGGGCGUUCCUCAUCCGAGAGAGCAGCAAGAAGGGCUGUUACGCCUGCUCUGUAGUUGUGGACGGCGAGGUGAAGCACUGCGUCAUCUACAGCACGCCUCGAGGCUACGGUUUCGCUGAGCCCUACAACCUGUACAGCACUCUGAAAGACCUGGUCCUGCACUACCACCAGACCUCGCUGGUCCAGCACAACGACUCGCUCAACGUCCGGUUGGCGUAUCCCGUGUAUGCACAGAUGCCCUCAGGCCCCCGCAGAUGAAGACGCGCCCCCCCAAAUUAAACUGUAUACACUUUUGGGGGAUAGGUUACUGAACAAAAAAACCUACCAACAAAAAAACACUUGCUGCAACACACACGUCAGCCACCUUGGAGUUAUAUAUUUUUACAAGAACAUUUUGGAGGGCAUUCUUUCUAAAGACUGCUUGAUUUGCACAAGGAAGUUUUAAAUGUUUGUGAAUGUGAAAAAAGCAGAAGGAAGCAGAGGAGGCGAGUUUCAGGUGACCCGCGCUGCUACCUAAACUCCAGCUGGGACGUUUUACAUGCUUUAGCUUAAGCUUUUGUUUCCGUUCCUUUCUCAUUCAGCUUUCCGUUUGUCAUUCAGCUUUUGUUUUUGGUUGUAUUAUCAUUCUUGACUGAUGUAAGUCGAGAAAUAUUUUUAAAAAAGGUGAAACUAUGUAGCAAACAGACGACUGACACUUUCUAAAGUGUUCUCACAGUGACUGCUGCUGAACAAGGGAUUGUGGGAUGUUUUGGGAGGGCACAAGUGAAAUACGUGUUGUCUUAAAAAAAGAAAAACUUUAGAUUUUUUUUAUUUUGUUGGAUUAAUUUUUGUCCUUUCUAAGCCGUUAUGAUCGUUACAGUUCAGGGCAGAGACCAAAGUUGGCUUUUUUACAUCUGGCUUAUAUUUAUCAAAUUAAAAGAUACUGCUUAACACACCUUGAUUGCAAACCACAACAUAAUAGUUUAAAACUAAAUUUUUCUUAAUUUUAUUUUUUACCAAAUUCGCAUGCACAGACACAGUCGACAUGAAGCACUUAUAUACAAAUGACAGAACUGAUGCACGUGUGUACACCAAAUUUAAAAGAAAACUAAAUUUAAUGUGUGCAUUUUAACUUUGACAACUUGUAUGCUAAAUGUCAGUUGCCGAAAAAUUGGAUUUGUGGGGCAGGCAUGCAUUCUUCAUUGAGCAGGCGCUUCCCAUUAGAACGAAUGUGCUUUAGUACGUCACUAGAUGAAAGUGCAAAAGAAAGUGAUGGUCUGCAACUGCUGUCUGUGACGUGCGAUAAUCACUUGAACCUUUUGAAAAAUGAUAGGUUUCUUUUUUAAGAAAAACACUCUUUUAUUGCAAAGUGCUUCUUUUUAUAGCCAGUUGACUCGUUCUGUGUCACUAAAAAGAAAAAUCUGAUUCAGUAGUUCGGCUGACUCUUGGUUUUAAUGUCGCACAAUAAAACCUUUAUGAUGAUAUUCACAGCUAUAUAUGCACAAGUUAAAUCACUUCUUAGUUUUCGUCGGGCACCAUGUUGUCCAGUUUGGAGCGUUUCAGUUCAACCUCUUCACAUUUUUAUCGCCCCUAAACUUGUUGAAAGACAGAAUAGCUAUAACAGACUUAUAGUUUUACAGCCUAUUAACCAGUUGACUUUAUUUUCCCCCCCCCAACUCCAGAUCUUUCAUCUCUGUUAUUUGAAAAGUCAGGUCAAACGCAUUAAAUGUAAGCCACUUGCAUAAGACGAUUGUUGGAGUUGGCCUUAAAUUGUUCCCUCUUCUCCAUAUACUAUUAUUUUAACUUAUUUUCAUGCUUUGCUAUUAAAUUGCCAUCUUUGGGGCACUUGAGUGUUAUCGGCAUAGACAAAGACAGCAGGUAUAUGUAGAUGGACAGAAUUCAAUGUUCAACUUAUUCACCAAUGAGAGGGUGGUUUUAGCAAAUCGGCUGUAUGAUUUCAUUUGUCUGUGUAUGCGACUUUUUUUUCCAGUUUAAGAUAAUUGGUUUUGCCAGCUCUUAUUCUGUGCUUACUUUGCUUUGGAUCAUUUUCCAGCUUUAUUUUCUUUUAUUUAAUCCUUUAAAUAGUUAAGGAUGUUUUUUUUUAAGCCGGACCCCUAAGGGGUCCCCUGUCUAUUACUUGAACUCUUGCAUCGCUCACCAUUGAAUGUCUUUAUAGUUACAAAAUAUACAUUUAUUAAAACACAGGAAAACACUUUUUUAUAGUGGAAUGACUAUAACACACAUGAACUGUGUAGUGUUUUACUGAAAGGAAAAGGUUUAUUUUAUGUUCACAGAGCUCAAAUAUGACUGUUUAUUGACCGAUAUAGCUCGCAUCAUAUUUGAAGAGUUUAAGAGUGAAUUAUUAGAGACUGGUAACAAAUGUUUAUGUUACACAAUUCAUGCCAUGACCGUACGUAACUUUUAUUGAAGAAUUGUUUGGAAAAAUGUUUUUGUGUUUCAUGAGCAUUUUCCUAGGCAUUGAGACCAAAGAUUUGAGUUUGGUUUGUUUUUCGUGGAAAGUGCAAGUUUUAAAGAGAUGCAUUUAUCUUCUUCCCCUUGUAUUUCAAUUGCCUUGCUUACAUGCGAAUUUAAUUUUUUGCAUUGUUAUCGCAAACCCCUUGCUAACAAUGUCCUCGACUAUUUCUGUCCGUAUAUUUAAGGGUAGUGCACUGUGGAUUGGCUUGGGGUGCUUCUGUUUGCCAUUCAAAAACUGAUGACAGUUUGUUUACUGAAAUGAAAUGUAGUUUUUAUUAAUCCUCAAAACUGUAAGAGUCAGGCCAGAUUGGCCUAAAAGCAGAUGUUUUUGUUUUGUUUGAUUUUGCACUCACUUAUUUGGAAGGGUUAAACAGAUUCUUGUGUGCCAUCAUAUUUAUCCUUUCCUUGAACCAUAAUUUGAUUGUUAGGUCACUAAAACACCCCGAAAGUUGACGAAA